GUGGAACAUGCAGAUGGGAACUUUCACUGUGGUCGGGUAUCUUCUCUACAGAUUCUCUCAGACGCUGCCGGCUCUGAUCAGGUGGCCGAUUCGUAUCUUCUGCUCUCUAACGGGAGUGUCAACUCUGUGGAGCUGGGUGAGCCAUCUAGUGGGAACCCUUCGUGGAAUCCAGGGCCUGUGUAAAUGGCUGUCUCGAAUUUGGCAUUUCAUAGGAUCGUCUUCCACCAAGUUCAAGUGGCUGAUUGCUGUCAUCUUAGGGUCAGAGAUGGAGCCCAGCGGCAGCGGCGCCUGUAAACCGGGGCUGAGGCUGAUCAUUCUGGGGCCGACAUGGGGAGGACGGACCUCUCUUGCAGACGUUUUGUUUGGCAAAAGUAAGAAACAUGCACCCAAGGGCCCUCUGAUGGAGAGCACCAGGAGAUCCACAGUGAUAGACACCAGAGAGGUGGUAGUGGUGGAGACCCCGGAUGUUUUAGGGACCUCUUUGGUGCCGGAGAUCAGAGCCAGAGAAGCUCUGAGGAGCCUCCAGCUGUGCGGACCGGGACCUCACGCCUUCCUGCUGGUGGUCCAAGCAUCGGGCUCCAAGCCUGGGGUCGACCAUGAUAUAAUGAAUGCGAUCCUAACCACCAUCAACACGUUUGGAGCAGAGACAGCAGGCUUCAUCAUCCCAGUGCUCAUCCAGGCAGACCACCGGGAUGAAUUGCCUAAUCCAGAUUUCAAUUAUAUGGCUGUUAGGGAGUUUCUGAGGCUCCGGAUUGAGGAAAACACGACCCCGAAGGAGCUGAAGAAGAUACGCAGGCAGGUGAUGGAGCUUGUGAUGGAGGUGGAGUCUCAGAACGAGGGCCACUUCGUCCACGAGCUGCAGAAAAGAGAGGAGAGCAUCAGGGAGGAGCUGCUCAAUCACAUGACCUCUGCACUGGCAGAGAAACUGCCUCAUGAGUAUUAAAGGUCCCCUAUCAUACUGUUCAUCAAUAUAUCACAGGUCUCAGAUAUAUCCAGAGCCUGUCUCUGAUUG